AUGAAUAUUGAUUCAAUAACGAACAUACUCAAUAAUUUUACAUUUGAUAUACUACAACAAAUGGGUGUGUCAAGUAAUCAAUUGUAUUUAUGGUCAGCACCUAUUGAUUUAAUCAAAGAUUAUCAGUAUUACUUAAAUAUGAACGAAACAAAAUUAGCUUCUAACAUUUUCUAUAACUGUACUCGACCAUGGUUUGGGCGUUUUUGUCAUUAUAGGUUCGAUUCAAGUACAUCUUUUGAUGAAAUCGUUUUAAGUACUAUCGGUAAGAAUUAUGAUAAAAUCGAAAAUGAUACAUGUUAUAAUCAUAUCAAAUGUGAUCGAGGAGGAGGAAUGAAUUUCUGCCUUGAUUGGCGCGAAAUAUGUGAUGGAUCAAUUGAUUGUUUAAAUGGUCUUGAUGAAGCAAACUGUAGUCAACUCGAAGAGAAUCAAUGUGACGAAAAUCAAUUUCGAUGUCAGAAUGGUUUUCAAUGUAUUCCUAAAAUGUUUGUGGCUGAUGAUGUGUUUGAUGCUGACUGUCUUGAUCGAUCCGAUGAAAAACACAAGACUUAUAAAUUUCCAACUGAAAGAUGUCCUACGAAUCCAGCAUUUCGCUGCGAAGAAAGCUUGUGUCAAUUAAAAGAAGAUUUUCGUGAAUGGCCUUGUGGUGAUGGAUCAUGCGUGAGCGGUUAUUAUAGAUGCCAAAAUGGACGAGAUAAGCGAUUACGUUUAGCCAUGAUAAAGGCUAGCAGUGUAUCUCUAUCAGAGGUCUGCAUUCAAGCACUCAACUGCAUGCAAGAGAUUCUGCCAACAUACGAAUAUAAUGAAGAAUGUCAAAGAAUUUGUUCGUCACAACAUUGUCUAAAUGUUGCUGUUAAAGAACAUUGUCCACCUUUAUUUGAUUUUACAAUAGGUUUUACAAGUAUUGGUCGUCUUCAUUUCAUUUAUUACAAUCAAUUUCCUAACGUAUCUGAAAUACUGAGUUUUUCACCAGAUUUUAUUUGCAUGGAAACUGAUCGACAAUGUACUCAUCAUCAGAUAUUAUCUAUAAAUGGUUCAUUAUGUUGGAAUAGAUCUGUGUUGAAUUUGCAUCAUAGUUAUAAAAAUUGGCUAUAUCUGCUUCGACAAAUUCAAUUAAUCAUAACUGAUCAAUGUUUAUCAUCAGAAGAAAUACAAUGUUCAAAAAUACUUUAUCAUUGUAUUAAUUCAACAAAGUGUAUAUCGAAACAUCGUAUUCUUGAUGGUAUACGUGAUUGUCGACUUGGUGAUGAUGAAGAAUGUUCUUUACAUAAUUCUGAUCUAUAUCCAUGUCCAAAUGAAAAUGACGAACAAAUAUUUGAUAAUGAUCGUUUCGAAAAUCGGUUAACAUUCUCCGCAAUUUGUGAUGGAUAUUAUUCUCUUACACAUAUUAAUGCUACAGAUGAAACUGAAUGUGAAUUAUGGCAAUGUAAUAAUACUUAUACACAUUGUGAUGGUUUUUGGACAUGUUUAAAUGGUUUAGAUGAAGUCAAUUGUCCAUCAUCUCAUUGUCUACUACCAUUGGAACAUGAAUGUGUUUCUUUGACAACAUUUAAAUUAACAUGUUUACAUAUCUCUCGUGUUAAUGAUAAUAUUGAUGAUUGUGUAGGAGGAACGGAUGAACGACAAUUAUGUCAAACACAAUAUCCAUUAAGUAAUCAAUAUCUAUUUCGAUGUGCAAAUACAAGCAUAUGUAUCAGUAAACAUGAAAUAUGUAAUCAACGACCAAAUUGUCCAUUGAAUGAUGAUGAAAAUUUCUGUUCCAAUGAUUUCAAUAAAACAAGUAUUGGAUGUUCUAUUAACAUCCAUGAAUUUAGUAAAGAGAAAAAGUUCCUAUGCACAUUUGGUGAAGGAAAGGUACCACGCUUUGAACCAUCAUUGCGCCUUGAUAAUCUACCUAUUUUUCCUAUUCCUACACUGUUUAUACGACAAAAACCCAUGCUGAACUUUCCUAAAACAACAACCUUAAGACACGUAUCUUUAUCAAAAUCAUCUCCAGUGAACUUGUAUUGUAAUCGUGGUAUACCUGUGCGUAUUCGAACAUUAGAUGACAAACACUACGAAUGCUUAUGUCCACCCGCAUACUAUGGAGACACAUGUCAAUUUCAAAAUGAACGUGUCAGUCUUACAUUAGGUAUACGAGCUCCAUCUAAUUGGCGUAUUGUAUUUUCUUUGAUAUUGACAUUGGUCACUGAUGAUGAACAACAGUCAAUCAAUUCAGAAAAGCAAAUAGACUAUUUGGCAUUUCGAGAUUGUAACGCUAGCUUCGAUCUUUAUCUACUCUAUGCUAGUCGACCAAAAGAUGUUGCUAAAAAUUAUUCGAUAAAAAUUGAUGCAUUCAUCAAACAACAUACAUCAACUGUUUACUAUGCUAGUUGGCAUUAUCCAAUUCCAUUUAUAUUUUUACCAGUUAAUCGUAUGUCUCUUCUUAUUUUUAUACCACUAACCCGUGCUACUUCACUACAACAAUGUUCAUUGUCAUGUAUACAUGGUCAAUGUUAUCGAUAUGUCAAUACAAAUAAUUUAUUUUGUCGAUGUAAUGCAGGUUGGUCUGGAGCAAAAUGUAAUAUUAAAUAUGAAUGCGAUUGUUCACUUGAUUCAACAUGUGUUGGUGUCUACAAUAAUCAAUCUAUUUGUGUUUGUCCAUUAAACAAAUUUGGACCGCAUUGUUUACUUACGCGUCCUGUAUGCCAGAUAAACUCAUGUUUCAAUGGUGGAAUUUGUGUGGCUGCUAAUGUACACAUAGCAGAAAAUGGUUUUAUAUGUAUCUGUCCUGAUGGAUUUUUUGGACAACGAUGUGAACAAAUAGCAACUCGUAUUGAAAUUACAUUCGAUCAUGAAAUGUCAAUUCCUUCGAAUCUUCUUCUUCAUUUAGUGACCGCUAUAUCUAAAAAUCAUCCAAAACGAGUAACAUUUUUAACAAAUAUUCCUGUCUAUGAGACAUCAGCUAUUGUAUUUGUUUCAAUUCCGUUUCAUAUUGUCUUUGCACAAAUUGAAGAAAAUUAUUUUUUAAUUGCUAUACAAACAACAUCAAACGAAACAGCAUUUCUAUCAACUAAAGUACAACCAUCAUAUCAAUGUCUAUCUAUGUCUAUAUUUUUCAAUGAAACUAUUAUGAAACUUCCACUUAUCCGUCGUAUAAAAUAUUAUCAUGUUCCAUGUGUUCAACAAAAAAAUCUUGCUUGUUUUUAUGAUAUGACAUUUAUAUGCAUUUGUGAUCUUUAUCAUCGAAGUAAUUGUUUUAAAUUCAAUCAUAGUCUAUCGCAUGACUGUAAAGGUAUUAAUUACUGUGAAAAUGAUGCACAAUGUUUACAAGAUGAUUCGGAAUGUCCAUCAACAUCAGCAUGUGUUUGUACUGAAUGUCAUUAUGGUUCUCGUUGUCAAUUUUCAUCAAAUAGUACAGGUAUCUCACUUGACAUUAUUCUUGGUAGUCAUAUUCGUCCAAAUGUUUCCUUUCGAAAACAAACAUUUAUCAUUAAAAUUUCACUUAUUGUGAAUAUUGUUAUGUUUGUAGUAGGUAUUAUUAGUGGAUUAUUAUGUGUUUUGACUUUUCAAGGUAAAACUCCACGUGAAAUUGGUUGUGGUUAUUAUUUAUAUGCUUCAUCUAUAACUUCAUUAAUGACAAUGACUCUAUUCGUUAUUAAGUUUUGGUUACUCCUUCUUUCACAAAUGACUGUAAUUAGCAAUCGAAAAUUUUUAUCUUUAGAAUGUAUAAUUAUUGAUUUUUUAUUACGUACUUGUUUAAGUACAGACAAUUGGUUAAAUGCAUGUGUAGCUAUUCAACGUCUUCUAAGCGUUAUUUUGAUUGAUUUUAACAAAAAAAUGAGUAGAAAAUUUGCUCGAUGGAUGAUUAUCGAUAUAAUUUUCUUCAAUAUUCUUAGUAACAUUCAUGAUCCUCUACAUCGUUGUUUAAUUGAUGAUCAACAUGAUAAACGUAUUUGGUGUGUAGUAACUUAUUCAACUUCAUUCGAAGUUUUUAAUUCAAUCAUAUUAUUAAGUCAUUUUUUAAUUCCAUUUGGAAUAAAUAUCGUCUCUGCUAUAAUCAUUAUUAUAAUGAUCGCUCGACGUCGCUCUACAGCUAAACAACAAUCAUUUCGGCAAAAUUUACGUCAACAGUUUAAACAAAAUAAAAAUCUUAUAAUCAGUCCAUUAGUACUGGUUAUACUCUCUUUGCCUCGUUUAGUUAUGGGUGUGGGUGUGGGUGUGGGUGGGUGGGUGUGGGUGUGGGUGGGUGGGUGUGGGUGUGGGUGUGGGUGUGGGUGUGGGUGUGGGUGGGUGUGGGUGGGUGUGUGGGUGGGUGUCGGUGUGGGUGGGUGUGGGUGUGGGUGUGGGUGUGGGUGUGGGCGUCGGCGAAUCAGGAGUCCAAGAUCAACAUCCACACUGACACCCACACAUACUCUACACGCACACGCACACCCACACCCACACCCACACCCACACCCAC